CUCACAUCGACAUCGUAGGAAGUGUGCAGGCUUGUGUGUCAAGUGUUGUGCUGUCUUCAUUGCACAUUGUACUUCAAGAUGAAGAUUCUUGGAAUCGAAUUUGCUCCUCUAAACGUUCCUCUUGAGCGUCGCCUUCAGACGUUCGCCGUAUGGCAGUUCACCCUCUCGUUCAUGUGCUUUGGGUUCGGCUUCCUCUUCUUCUUCAUAUACCUGCUCUUCACCCGGUUCUAUUACAUCCCGCUGCUGUACCUGGCCUGGUACAUCUACGACCACAAGACGAGUGCUAGAGGUGGACGCAGGAUUCUGUGGGCGAGGAACUGGAAGAUAUGGAAACAUUACUGCAAUUACUUCCCUCUGAAGCUUCACAAAACCGUGGAUUUAGAUCCAGCGAAAAACUACAUCUUUGCCUGUCACCCUCACGGUGUUAUGUGCAUCAGCCAUUUUGGUAACUAUGCGACCGAAGGGACGAAUUUCAGUAAGAUGUUUCCCGGUAUACGUCCGUACCUUCUGGUGCUGGCUGGACAGUUUAUGUUUCCCGUUUUUAGGGAGUACUUCAUGAUGACAGGUGUAGCUGAAAUAUCGAAAGAAAGCAUCAACUACCUGUUAACACAGCCUGGGACAGGCAAUGCGCUCGCGAUCAUGGUAGGGGGCGCUGUUGAGGCCCUGGACGCCAAGCCAGGGAUGUUCAGACUGAAGAUGCUCAACCGUAAAGGAUUCUGUAAACUGGCGUUAAGAUAUGGAGCUGACAUCUGCCCAGUGUUUACGUUUGGAGAGAACGAUCUAUUUAACCAGAUUCCGAAUCCCGACGGGUCGUUUCUGCGGAAAAUCCAGAACCAACUGACGCACGUGUUCGGUUUCUCACUUCCCGCCAUUCACGGGCGUGGGAUGUUCCAGUACACGUUCGGUGUGACGCCAUACCGAAGACGCAUGGAUACUGUCGUUGGACGACCUAUAGAGGUGGCGAAGGUAGAGAACCCCUCGCAGGAGCAGAUUGACAAGUUACACGGGCAGUACAUGGACGCCUUGGUUCGUCUGUUUGAAAGUAACAAGAGGAAAUACAACGUAGAUGAAGACAAACAUCUGAUUUUUCAUUAGCACCAUGAAGCCAAUUUGUUCAACAAAAAUGUUUGAUCAUGAAGAUUUAUCAUUUGCCAUUUAAGACGUCCAUUUGUUGAACACAUGUUUGCUGUAGCAUGGUAAAGCAAAUUUGUUACGGUAAACACAAAUUGUGGAAAAUGAAGAUUUGAUAGUCUGUUAGAAAGUCUGUUACGUAUCCAUUAUAUAUUAAUUAGCACACAUUGUUAUAAAGGCAGUUUCUUAAA